GUUCCACUAACUUGUUCAACAGAGAGAGGCUGCAACCUGCCAAAGCCUCUGCAAGGAAAGACACCAGUGUGCAAGAGGAGAGCGGAAAAGCUGGUUGUUUAUAACGUCAGGCAGCAUUAGGGCAUCUUCGCUCUACUCUGCGAGCUGUCUGCUACAGGGAAGCCGCUCCAAAAGGAAAAUCCAGCAGUGCCCAUGACCUGCAAGCACAAUAUUUGAUCAGGACGGCGGGGCGGGCACCAACCCUGGCAAACUGAGACACACACAUGCUCGUUAAUACACAGGAGAUCAGGCAGAAGAACACUGGGGCUCUGAGUCUGGUUCCAUGAGGUUCUGCAGGAUGCACUGGGCUUCCAUCCUGAUAGCGGCUGGGCUGUGUGUGGUCUCCUUCGGCCAGUAUGAAGAAGAUGAAGACAUGUACUGGUUGCAUCAUUACCUCCGCAGCCAGUCGUCCUAUUAUAACUACCUGCCGUUCUACGAGGAGGAGGGCCCCCCUUACCCUUACAUCCCGGCUGAGUUCUCUAAUCCAGAGCCCAUCCCCGAGUCCGUUUCCCGGGAGUGCCCCCAGGAGUGCGAAUGCCCCCCCAACUUCUCCACGGCGUUGUACUGCGACAGCCGCAGCCUGAGGUACCUCCCCUUUGUGCCUUCCAGGAUGAAGUACGCCUACUUCCAGAACAACCAAAUCACCGCUGUCCAAGAGGGGGCCUUCGACAACGCCACCACGCUGGAAUGGAUCGCAUUGCACGGCAACCAGAUAACCAGCGAGAAGAUGGGCAAGAGGAUCUUUGCCAAGCUCAAGCACCUGGAGAGGCUGUAUCUGGAUAACAACAACCUAACCAAGAUGCCCAGCUUCCUGCCCAGGUCCCUGAGAGAGCUCCACCUGUCUUACAAUCAGAUCACCAGGAUCCCAGCCAAUGCUCUGGAGGGCUUGGAGAACCUCACUGCCCUGUACCUCAGCCACAACGAGAUCCAUGAUAUAGCAGCAUCUCUCAAAGGGUUGAAGUCCUUGAUCCUUGUUGACCUGAGCUACAAUCACCUCAGGAAGGUCCCUGAUGGCCUGCCAAGCUCUCUGGAGCAGCUGUACCUAGAGCACAACUACAUCCACAGCAUCCCUGAUGAGUAUUUCAAGGUGGCCCCCAAGCUGCUUUACAUCAGGCUGUCCCACAACAGCUUGACCAGUGACGGGCUCUCCUCCAACACCUUCAACACCAGCAGCAUCCUAGAGCUGGAUCUGUCCUACAACAAGCUCCAGAAGAUCCCCCGGGUUAGCACCCACCUCGAGAACCUCUACCUCCAAGGGAACCAAAUCAAUGAAUUCUCCAUCAACAGCUUCUGCACCGUCGUCGACGUCAUGAACUUUUCCAGGCUCCAGGUCUUGCGGCUGGAGGGGAACGAGCUGCAACGCAACGCAGUGCCCCCCGAUGCUCCCCUCUGCCUGAGGCAUGCUAAUGUCAUUGAGAUUUAACCCCGUGCUCGCCCCCUGGUCCUCCAGGCACCCAUGCCAGCUGGCCAGGCUGGGGGAGGCCUUCACGCUCAUUUUAACGCAGCUUGAUUUGAUUUCUGCAAUAGCGUAAUAUGGCUGCACAAUAGCAGCCGACAUGCAGGGUUCCCUGCUGAAGUAGGAGGAAGGUUUCAUUAGCUCCUCCCACUAGCUGCUAACCCCUUUUGGCCUAUCAGGUCAGUCCAGUAUGGGGGCAAGUCUCUGCUUUGUCCUAUAAAACCCCUCCCAUUCCCUUUCUCUCUAGGCAGCCAAUCAGUUCUCUCGAUCAUUCCCCACCCUUGUCUUGCUGCAUGUGGGUCUGCACGGCUCCCACCAUCGUGGGUGGGUUGCCUAGAGGGAACUCAAAGGGACUCAGAUAAACUGCAUUGGAUUUGAAAGUUUGACGCCACCUGGGGUGUUUUGGGGGUGCUUAUUCCGGGUCGGAGGAACCGUAGCUAAGGGAUCCGAGACAGGGGGAGGAGAGGAAUUCACAUUUUUAAAAGGUGGAAAAACAGAGCAGGACAUGGGCCUGGGUGAGGGUCAUUUGAGGAGGAAAGGUGCAGAGAGAGGAAGGGCGAGAGGGAAAUUCUAAUGGAAAAAUAGCUAUAAUCCACGGGUCAGAACUUCACCAGGUGUAAAUAGGUGUAGUGACACGGACGCCAAUAAAAUGAUGCUGAUUCACACCCGUGUACCUCCUGCAUUUAUAGGUCUCUGACCUGAGACUGCUGCGCUUCCAGGGGACUAGCCGCUGAACAUUCGCCGCAGGCGUCUGUGCAGCUAGCACCAUGUAGGAGCUGGUUUAUAAUGGGGAACUAGGGGGGAGUGAGCAGGAAUUUGUGUGGUUCAAAGGUUUGCAGGCUCGUUUUUCAAGGCCCAUGCUUAGCUUCCCUCCUCAGGAUGUGGGCCAACCUGGAGAGCCUACUGGGUGAUGCAGUUUCACCCUCGAGGUGCAAUUGGACAGUAGGAUGUUUCAAACUGAACAGGUUAAAAAAAAAGCCCAGUUCCCAUUUAUCCUACCGCCCUUUUGAACUGCAAGAGCAUGGCACAGUGGCUUUGACAUGAGCGCAAUUACCUUUAGUGCCAGCAAGGCUGCAUGCUGUGGGUUUUGAAACCUGCUGGACCAGGAGCCAGGGUGUCAAAUCUAGAACAACUCCACAGGAUAAACUAGAAGGGUGAUAAACCCUCUUGCUUUUAGGUACAAGCCAACCAGUAACUGCCGGAGUUAGGGUGAAACUACAGACUGAAACUCUUUAGUCUAGCACACUCUCUGCUCCGGCAACAUCCGUGGCCCAGCAUGACUGUAGUUAGCCUUGAAUCCACAUAUCAGGGUGGGGCCAAGUUUCCUGAAGUCCCAUAAAGUUUGUACAGCCACCAGACCUGGCUCUCAGUGUUCUGUGCUGUUCUUUAGCUCUAAUGGCUCCUCAGAGCCCAGUAAACAGUGGAAGUGUUGGUAAUGCUGCUAGACCAGGGCUAAGCAACCUGCCUCACACUUUGAUCUAGCCCGUGAAUGGCAUCUGGCUACUUUCUAGUCAUACCCUGCUUCCUGUGCCACUGAAUUUCCCAGCAGUGGCUCAGCCAGCAGGAUCCUAUUGAAACGAAUCACGGCUCCCAGUCACAGCACUACCGCAAGCAGGGGCCAGAGCUGUGAGCUCUUUAAAUAGCUGCAGCAACCCCAGGCAACACGAUAGCAGCAAAGCCAGGCGCCCUUUACUGAGUUUUUAAUUCAAAGCCUUUGGUCCCAGCCAAGUCGGGGAGAGGAGGGAGGCUAAUCCUCAGCCCCGCCUCUUCCACCCCAGGUCCCGCCCCUUUCAGGGGUGGAGGCAAUCUGUGAACAACAAACCAAAAUUCAUUAAGUGCCCCCCCUGUGAAAAUUAUUGCCCACCCCUGUGCUAGACAAUAAUGAUCUCCUAUAGUCUAGCAGCAGUCGGGCCCCAAGAGUGCUGGCUUGGAGAGGUUCAACCUGUACGGAUAAGGGAAAUGCAUCCAAGAAUUCUCCAGGAAGGAAUUUCUUUAAUAUUGCUCUGGAGCAGCUGGUACUGGUCAUUAUCAGAGACCAGAUACCAGAUGGCUGGACUCCUGGUUUCUCAUUUAUCCCUAUAGCAUUUACAGAGUGCCUGGAAGUCAGUGAGGGGUGGUUCUGGAUUUCUGCCAGAGAUCCAAAUGUAACCUCUCCUCUUUGAAUUCACUCUUAACUCAUAGACACAAACAGCCUUGGUGGGAAAAGUCAGAGCAACAUAUGGGGCAGCCACGUGAAGCAUUUACCAGGCAGCAGCAGCUUUAUGGGUGUAUGGGGGGUUCUUUUGUCCCUGGCCUAUCGGCCAGCCAUGCCGAAGGGUCUACAGCACAGGGGCAGGGCGACAUGAAGUGGUCUCGAUGGGGUAUGUCUCAACUACAAGCCUCUUUCGAAAGCGAUCAUCUAGACAGCCACAAGACUUUCGAAAAAGUGAUUCACUUUUUCUAAAGA